CAACUGGACCGGGCCUGAAACAAUUCGGUUGAAGAGUAGGCUUCACGAUACCAGACAAAGGCCCACCUCACCAGCUCUACACUCAUUCAUCCACUCACUGACCUCACAUGCUUUCUCUUCUUUCUCACUCUCCAAGUCUCCUCCUCCAUCUUCUUCCACGUGAUUUGAGUCUUCCCGAUCACAAGCUCCUCGCUGUUUCUCUCCCUUUCCUUCGACGCCAUCCUCUCCUUUUCAGCUCGCUUCAACCAACCGCCAGAUACGAUUGAGCAUUAGAGAGAGAGAGAUUUGACGCUGCGUAUCGGUUGACUAUGUAAAUGGCGGGAAAAUCGACUUAAUUGCGAUUUUAACCGAGAUCACGAUGAUGAAGAAGAAGGCGUCGCAGCAGAAGCUGAGGUCCAGAUGGAAGAGGAAACUAUUCGCCACGUUGAUGUUCGUCUUCUGCUUGGGGAGCUUCGUCUACUUCCAAGCUCGUUACAGUGGAAUCGCUGCGUCGCUGAAGCCUCGUCUCGAUCAGAAACCGCAGAUCGCCUUCCUCUUCAUUGCGAGGAAUCGUCUCCCUCUCGAGUUCGUCUGGGAUGCCUUCUUUCUGGGUGAGGAUGGCAAGUUCUCAAUAUAUGUUCACUCCAGACCUGGCUUCGUCCUCAGCAAGGCUACUACUCAAUCCAAGUAUUUCUUGAAUCGCCAAGUUAAUGAUAGUAUACAGGUGGAGUGGGGAGAGGCAACCAUGAUUGAAGCAGAACGUGUAUUGCUUAGACAUGCUCUUAGAGAUCCGUUUAAUCACCGCUUUGUUUUUCUUUCUGAUAGCUGCAUACCUCUGUACAGUUUCAGCUACACGUAUAACUAUAUCAUGUCAACACCAACUAGUUUUGUUGAUAGCUUUGCGGAUACAAAAGAUAAGCGUUAUAAUCCUAGAAUGGAUCCCGUAAUUCAUGUUCAUAACUGGAGAAAAGGAUCACAGUGGGUCGUUCUAAAUAGAAAACACGCAGAAAUUGUGGUGAACGAUACCAUCGUCUUGCCUAUGUUUCAGCAGCAUUGCAGGCGGAAAUCCCUUCCAGAGUUUUGGCGAGAUCGUCCUGUACCAGCUGAAGGUUGGAAGGAACACAACUGUAUACCUGAUGAGCACUACGUUCAGACACUGCUAGCUCAAAAGGGUGUAGAUAGCGAACUCACAAGACGGUCACUGACACACUCAGCUUGGGACCUUACUUCCUCUAAAAGUAAUGAACGUCGUGGAUGGCAUCCUAUGAGUUACAAGUUCUCCGAUGCUACUCCUCACCUUAUACAGUCUAUUAAGGGAAUCGACAAUAUCAACUAUGAAACGGAGUACCGGCGAGAAUGGUGUACUAGUAAAGGGAAACCGGCACCGUGUUUCCUCUUUGCCCGGAAGUUCACUCGUCCCGCCGCUGUCCGCCUCCUCCGUGAGUCUAUCUUGUUGAGGGACAAAGAGCAAGACAGUUAAAAGUAGUAGAUCCUUAACCAUUCAAAAAUCAAAAUCAUAUAUUAUACAUAGGUACGGAAGAUUACAAAGAGUUAUUACUUAUUAUGUUUGUACUUGUAAUUUGUAACACUACAAAGAUGGAAUCUACAUAGAAGCUUACCAUUUUGUGAAUGAAUGAA